GAGGCUAACGUCACCCUUGGAAUCUGUAUCCGAAACGAGGGAAAAAACCAAACACAUAUAAAGGCUUCUCCAAUCUCCCCUCCCGUUAGAUCAAAAGGUGAAUUUCCUUAUUUUGUCAAAACCAUUACUCCUAAAGUCCUAUUAAGUGCGAAACUGAAACACAAAUUCAAAGAGCGAAGAAAGACAAAACAAAGCAAGCUGCAUCAACAACAACAACAACAAAGUCCCCUGUGAAUAUGAAUUGUCAUCCUUUGUUGAGAGGAGGAAAUAAGAGAUCAGAUAAAGACAACAGUUUCAAGCAUGGCUUUUCAUCAUCUCAAAUUCAAACAUUAACUGCCAUGUGUGAAACUAUUAUUCCUUCUCUUCCACACACUUCUGUCACACAACAAAUUCUCUCUCUUCAUCCUCAAAAUUCGAUUCUUUCCUUUUUCGGAAACUCCGCCUCUCAGCCUCCUAUUCCAGAUGAGGUGGCUGAGAUAAUAGUGAAGAGAGUUUUACCAGAAGCAGUAAUUUUAAUAAGAGUGGUGCUAAAACUCCUAUCAACUAGAUUAGGGACACUUUUGUUUUGUGGGUGCUUGUGUUUGGAAUGGAAAUGGCCUUUUAUUCACAAAUUUUCAGAAAUGAGUUUGGAAAAGAGAGAAAAAUUGCUCCAAAGAUGGUCUACAGAAUCUUACUGGACUUCAUUAAGAGUUGUGUUUCUACUCAUCAAAAUUGCCUGUUGCUUCAUUUUCUUCACCCGGACCGAUGACAAUGCUGAAAAUCCUGCAUGGGAAGCCAUUGGUUACAAUGUGGAUACUAGAGAGCCACCAGUCCACUCAUCCCAAGAACAAAGACCAAUUCAAAAGGGUAUAGUUGAGUGUAGGAUGAUGAAUGAUUCAACUGUUGUCCAAAUUCUUGAAGAGAAAGGCCUUACAGUUUCAGAAGAUGUCGACCAGAGUGUUCUGAAAGUGCAAUGUGAUGUUGUUAUAGUAGGUUCUGGUUGUGGUGGUGGAGUUGCAGCUGCCAUUCUUGCAAGUCACGGCCACAAAGUAGUAAUCCUUGAGAAAGGAAACUACUUUGCUCCAGGUGACUACUCCUCUUUGGAGGGCCCGUCAUUGAAUGAACUAUACUUGUCAGGAGGAAUGCUUACAACACUCGAUGGGAAAAUGAUAGUCUUUUCUGGAUCAACAGUUGGUGGCGGAUCUGCUGUAAACUGGUCCGCGUGCAUUAAAACACCAGAUUCUGUACUUAAUGAAUGGUCAGUGAAUCAUAAGCUACCCAUUUUCGGUAGUCCUGAUUACAAAUCAGCCAUGAAUGAGGUGUGGAAGAGGUUAGGAGUCACAGAGGAUUGUUCAGAAGAAGGGUUUCAGAAUCAAGUUCUUCGAAAAGGGUGUGAACAUCUUGGCUUGAAAGUUGAGAAAGUUCCUACAAACUCAUCUAAGGAUCAUUACUGUGGGUCAUGCUGUUAUGGGUGUAGAAUGGGAGAUAAAAAAGGAACCGAUACUACUUGGCUAGUAGAUGCAGUUAAUAAUGGUGCUAUAAUUUUGACAGGAUGCAAAGCAAACAAAUUCAUACUAGAAGAGACUCAAAAUGGAGAGAAAAGAAAAAGAUGCCAUGGAGUUCUAGCAACAUUGCUGAGCAAAGAUGUAUCAAAGAAGCUUCAAAUUGAAUCCAAGGUCACGAUUUCAGCAUGUGGGUCCCUCUCAACGCCCCCACUUUUGAUCUCUAGUGGGCUGCAGAACUCAAACAUUGGCACAAACCUCCAUCUGCAUCCUACUCUGUUAGCCUGGGGAUACUUUCCGGAAUCUACACCAGGUCUUAAAGGAAAAUGUUAUGAAGGAGGAAUCAUUACAUCACUUCAUAAGGUGGUAUCGGAGAAAUCUAACGUUCAUGCCAUCAUUGAAGCGUCAGCACUAGGUCCUGCCUCAUUUUCCUCUUUAAUGCCAUGGGUCUCGGGGCUUGACUUUAAGGAAAGGCUGGUCAAAUAUGGAAGAACAGCUAGUCUCUUCUCGCUAGUCAGAGAUAAGAGUUCAGGUGAAGUUAAAAAAGAAGGCAGAGUUAGAUAUCGCUUAAACAAUCAUGACAAAGAGAAUCUGAAGAUGGGUUUAAGACAGUGUCUGAGAAUUCUAGUAGCAGCAGGAGCUGUUGAAGUCGGAACUUAUAGAAGUGAUGGGCAGAGGCUAAAUUGUAAAGGGGUAAAAGAGGAAGAGAUGGAGGAGUUUUUGGACUCGGUUAUUGCACCUGGGGGAGCAAGGUCGAGGACCGAGCACUGGACAAUGUACGGGUGUGCUCAUCAGAUGAGUAGUUGCAGAAUGGGGGCGUCCAAGGAGGAUGGGGCAGUUGAUGAAAAUGGAGAAACUUGGGAAGCUAAGGGGUUGUAUGUAUGUGAUGGAAGUGUUCUGCCAACUGCUUUAGGAGUUAAUCCUAUGAUUACAAUUGAAUCAGUAGCUUACUGCAUUUCUACAAGAAUUGCAAGUGUCCUUGAAGAAGAAAAUGUUAAGAGCAGAUAAAUGACAGCAUGUAAACUUAUUACAUUGUUUAUAAGAUUUAGACAUAAUAGAACCCAAUCUUUCACUAGGCACCAGUUGUGGGAAAUUUUAAGGGAUAAUACGUCCCCUCUUCAAAUUCAAUAAGUCCAACAAGUGUUAUGUGUUGUAGACUUGUAGCCUGUACAUUAUAAAGCAUUUCAAAUGUAAUUUAUCAGGUGAAAACGUGAAGUAGGUUUUUCUCUCGUAUUGGGAGGAGGCAGGCUUCUUGUUUCCUUAUCUUAUUCGAACAAACAAUGUUGUUAACCUAGAAAAAAAAUGUCGUUAUAGAUGGUUUACCACUUCUUAGA